AUGUCCUCAAAUAUUCUACCUCAGCGUCGAGAGAGGUGUCCUUACUGCAGCUGCUUCUUUAGCAUUCAGGGAAUUGGAAAUCACAAGCGAGCUUGCAAGCAGAAGUCAGACCAGCAGUUGUUGGAUUCCCAAUUCCACAAUGAUUUGGACCAGCAGACAAGAGCUUGCUUGAUUCUCAAUUCCAUUGAUCAUGUCAAUCUGAUUGAUGAGAAGAUUGUCAAGGAAUAUCAUCCUUCUGCUAUUUUAGAUCCUCAGAUCUUGCCUCUCAGAGAUUUUUUAGCUGACAGCACAAGCAAGCAGAGUUCACUUUUUGAUAGCCACCCUUGGCAUCCAUUUUCAUCUCAGUUGGAUUUUGAUUUAGCAGAAUUCAUUUUGCGUACAGGCAUGAAUCAUCAAGCACACAGUGAUUUUUUCAGCAUCAUUGACCGAUGUGGAGGCAAUCUUGCACCACAUUUUGUAUGGGAUGCAAUUCAUUUAUUUUGGGAAGAUAAAAAUGGCAUUCGAACAUGGUUUUUUAAUGAACCAUGGUCAGGAAAUAUAUUUUGGGAAGUUCAAAGUUCUCUUCCUCCUAAUGGAAAACCUUUAGCAUAUAUUUUGUAUGCUAAUAAAUCACGUUUAUCUUCAUUUGGUACUGCCAAAGGCUAUCCAGUUAUGGCACGCUGUGCUAAUCUUCCUGAUCAAAUCCGAAAUGGGAAGAAUUUUGGUGGAGGUUGUGUGGUUGGAUGGCUUCCAAUUGUUGAAGAAGAAGAAGAUCAUAAAGGAAAGCCAUCAUGGAUCAAUUUCAAGCGAGUUGUCUGGCAUAAAGCUUUUCGGAAAAUUCUAGGAUCUCUUGCACAAUAUUCUCGCAGUGGUUAUGCCUUUCAACCACCAAAUUCAGACAAAGUUAUAAUCUUAUAUCCUUUUAUUCUCAUUCUCUCUGCUGAUUAUGAGGAACAACUACAUGCUUUCCAAAUUGGAUUAUUUGAUCAUCUGCUAUCACGGCUCAUUGAGCAUGUAGAUAGAUUCAAGGGCCGAGAUGCUAAAGUUAAAAUUGAUGAAGUGAUUAAAUCAUUUCCACGAUGGAGGAAUCUUACCCAUUUCACAUCCAUUUUUUCUUUUGACUUUGCUGAUGGAAAGAAAUAUGAACAUAUGUCACGACAAAUCCUUUUUGCUGCUCAAGCAGUUUUAACAAAGGCUGCGGAUCCUGCUGGUUAUUUGCUUCUUAAAUGUAUUCGAAGUCAUUUAGAAUUGGAUGUGUAUGCAGCAAUGGAUGUGCAUACUGAAGAUACGAUAAAGGCUGGACAAUCAAUAAUGCAAGUUUUUGGGGAGAGAAUGAAGGACAGUGAUUUUCAAAAUCCAACACAUUGGGAUAUUCCAAAAAUGCAUACACAGCAACAUCUAUUCAGUGAUAUUCAAGGAAAAGGUGUAACAAAAAAUUAUAACACUAAGAUUAACGAAAGUAUGCAUGGACCACUUAAAAAGGCAUAUCAAACACGAACAAACUUUAAGAAUGUUGCUGAUCAAAUUCUUCAAACUGACCAUUGGUACAAUGUUGCUAUGCAGAUUCGGCAAAAGGUGGAUCGAUGGAAAAAGCAUACAAAGUACAAAUCUGAUUUGCUCAAUGCAGAUGAUGAUCUACCUGAAGAAAAACAUUUCACUAUUGAAACUCAUGUAUCUGAUAGUCUUUUGGAGAAAGCAUAUCUACAUAGUCCUAAAAAGACAUCAAAAGAUCCUAGCACAUUUUCUGAGCUAGAGAAUGCAUUUUCUCAUGAUUUAGCUUAUGAUCGGCUAAUAACAACUUAUCAAACUCUUUCUGUCAAUUAUCAGUCAUACAUAAAUCUAAAGCAGAAUUCAGACCUACUACGAUGUAGUCCAAUGUUCUACAAUCAUCCACAUUAUGAUGGUGUUAUUGUCAAUACUACUGAUGGGUUGUAUGUGGCAGAAUUAAUUCAACUCUUUGAGUGUGAAUUUAAUGAACAGAAAUAUCCAUUGGCAUUAGUUCAUCCCUAUGAUGCUCCUGUAACUGAUGGCCAUCUACGUUGGAAGCAUCAAAGAGAUAAAGAUUUAGGAUUUUAUCGAGUUCGUGCACGCCCACGAAUUCAUUCAGCCUUUGUUUCUAUAUAUUCUAUUGUUCGUGGUGCACUCCUGGUAAAAGAUGCAGACUCAGAUCUUAAUAAUGGCCAGGAUUACUUCAUUGUGGAUAUCAUUGAUACUGACAUGUUUCUCCGACUCAAAAAAAUUGAAUCUCAGCUUCGACAUAAAUUCCGGGUUUCAGCCAAUCGGAGAUCAUAA